AUGCAGCGUUCAUUUGACCAGGAAUGCGCUCUGAGAGCUCCCAGUAUGGGGCAGCGUAAGUGUACACAUGUUGAACAACUUAUCGCGCCCUGGACCUGGGCCCAGGCCGAGAAUGGAACGAUACACAAUAAGCUCGUUUCUAGAGCGGUGCCGAAAUCGCAACAGCUUGCGAGACCUCUUAAUCGCGCCGGCCAGUCUCCCAAUCAUUCGCCUGACCCUCUAUUCACCUCGUACACAACCGAGCAUUGCUUCGGCUUCAAA